CGGGAGGUGGGGACGUGGCAGCGGCUCAAGCGGGCGGAGCCGGCCCCGGCGGGAGGUGGAGCCCCAGAGGGGGAGGCGCCGAGCGGGCCGGGCGCCGCCGCAGGAGCUUCUGGAAACGCCGGGAGCGGCGCGUGUCCAGAUCAAGUGAUUCUCACUCACUGAAUGUCCUGCUGGUACCCCACUUUUGGUGACCAUGAAACCCUGGGUGUCCACAUUGCUGAUGGCCUGGUUUGCUGUCCUGAACUGCACGUGGGCUGAAUUCUUCACCUCUAUUGGGCAUAUGACUGACUUGAUCUACGCUGAGAAAGACCUGGUGCAGGCUCUGAAGGAGUACAUUCUUGCGGAGGAAGACAAGCUUUCCAAGAUUAAGAGCUGGGCCAGCAAGAUGGAAGCCCUGACCAGCAAGUCAGCUGCUGACCCUGAGGGCUACCUGGCGCAUCCUGUGAAUGCCUACAAAUUGAUGAAGCGCCUGAACUCAGACUGGCCUGCGCUAGAGGACCUUGUACUGCAAGACCCAGGUGCAGGUUUCAUUGCCAACCUCUCAAUGCAGCGGCAGUUCUUCCCCACUGAUGAGGAUGAGACGGGGGCCGCCAAAGCCCUGAUGAGACUGCAAGACACCUACAAGCUGGACACGGCUACAAUUUCCAGAGGGGAGCUGCCAGGAACCAAAUACCAGGCCAUGCUGAGUGCAGAUGACUGCUUCAGCAUGGGCCGCUCAGCCUACAAUGAAGGGGACUAUUACCAUACAGUGCUGUGGAUGGAGCAGGUGCUGAAGCAGCUUGAUGCUGGGGAGGAGGCCACCACAGCCAAGUCUCAGGUGCUGGACUACCUGAGCUAUGCUGUCUUCCAGUUGGGUGACCUGCAUCGUGCCCUGGAGCUCACCCGCCGCCUGCUGUCACUUGAUCCAAGCCAUGAGCGAGCUGGAGGGAAUCUGCGGUACUUUGAGCAGUUGUUGGAGGAACAAAGGGAAAAGUCUCUAUUGAAUCAGACAGAAACUGUGGUUGUGACCCAGGGAGGCAUCUAUGAGAGGCCUGUGGACUACCUGCCCGAGAGGGAUGUGUACGAGAGCUUGUGUCGCGGAGAAGGCAUCAAAUUGACCCCCCGGAGGCAGAAGAGGCUUUUCUGUAGGUACCACAAUGGCAACCGGGCGCCGGAGCUACUCAUCGCCCCCUUUAAGGAGGAGGACGAGUGGGACAGCCCGCACAUUGUCAGGUACUACGAUGUCAUGUCUGACGAGGAGAUCGAGAGGAUCAAGGAGAUCGCGAAACCCAAACUCGCACGAGCCACUGUUCGUGAUCCCAAGACAGGCGUGCUCACUGUUGCCAGCUACAGGGUUUCCAAAAGCUCCUGGCUUGAGGAGGAUGAUGACCCUGUUGUGGCCCGAAUAAAUCGCCGUAUGCAGCAAAUCACAGGGCUGACAGUGAAGACGGCAGAGUUGCUGCAGGUUGCGAAUUAUGGAAUGGGAGGACAGUAUGAGCCACACUUCGACUUCUCUAGGAACAAUGAACGAGAUGCUUUCAAGCGUUUAGGGACUGGGAAUCGUGUGGCCACAUUCUUAAACUACAUGAGUGAUGUAGAAGCUGGUGGUGCCACUGUCUUCCCUGAUCUGGGGGCUGCAAUUUGGCCUAAGAAGGGCACAUCUGUAUUCUGGUACAAUCUUUUGCGGAGUGGGGAAGGUGACUACCGAACAAGACAUGCUGCCUGCCCUGUGCUUGUGGGCUGCAAGUGGGUCUCCAACAAGUGGUUCCAUGAACGAGGACAGGAGUUCUUGAGACCUUGCGGAUCGACAGAAGUGGACUGACGUGCUUUUCUGCCCCGCCCUUCCUGGCCCCACAGCCCAUUUGAACUCCAAGUUCAGUGAGACAGACACCUUCAUAUGUUCCAGAUUCUAUCAGGCGGGUCUUUGGAAGAGUGAACAUUUGUCUGGAGUCGGGACUUGGGAGAGUGUGCUGGGAUGGGUCCUGGUGUCCUGGUCCCCAACCUCUGUGGUCAGACUGUGCCAUCCCUGGCCCCGAGUGUAGGGUCAGAGUGGCUGCAGCAGAGUCACUGUCUAGCGCCAAGCAAGGUGCCUUUGUACCUCAGAUGUUCUAGGUGUGAGAUAUUUCGGUGAACCAAAGUUCUGAUACCUUGUUUACAUGUUUGUUAUUAAGACAUUUCUAUCAGUUGUGGCUUUAACAGGAAAAAAUAAUAAUAAAUUAUCCCUGCCAGAAGCCUUAAA